AUCCACUUUAAUAUUGUAACCUUUAUCAUGUGUCAAUUGAACUCCCUAUUAUAUGAAUGCAUAAUAUUUGAUGUAACUUUGAUAAAAUAUGAGUUCAGUCUCUGCACUUCAAUAUGUUUGAUUGUUUUAACUCAAGUUACUUCAAGUGAGUCUAUCUAACUCCUAUUACAUAAAAUUUUGAGUUCCAAUGAAAAAUUCGAGAAAGAAUAGACAUUCUCGUAAUUUGUAUCCAAGAGUCAAUUCGAAAAUGACAAAUUGGAUUCGAAAAUUGCGAAACAUAAUUAAAAAAAAAUUGAUUCCUUUUUUCAAUUGAAUAAGUACGAGUAACGAAUGUAUGAAUAAAAAAAAAUCGGGCCACAUAUUACUUUUAGAAUAAAGCCUCCAAAAUUGAUUGAAAGGCCCUAUUCAGCGAUGAAAAGAAGAGAAGAGAGAAAAGGAAUCGAUGUUAUGGCCAUAUCUACUCCAACAGAUAAACGAAGUCACAAAUGCCCCAUUGCGCUAACAAUUGCAUGUGACAUUAAAUGGAGCACAAGGCAAACAAUAGCAGGUUUAGGAUUAUGGAGCAAUAUUCAAUGAUGAAUGUGAGAUGGGGAGUCGACGGGAAAAAAGAAAAAAAGAAAAAGAAACACCAGAAUGAAACCCUAGCCAGUACGUAAUAAGAAGGGGGCAAAAGAGUAUAAUUAUCAAAAUGAUGAAUCAAUGGUAAAUAAAUUAAGAGGGGAGAGCAAAGCAAAUCAAUUCAAUUGAAUUUCAUGGAGAUGGCUGGCUAUAUAGCUCUUCCUUCGGGAACAGAGAAAGAGAGGGUUAUUAACAAGUUUGUGAAGAAGACUUUUUAUGGGCAUAUGGCGUUAAAACCUCACUUUUCCAUCGUGAUAUAUAUUUCGUUGAUUGAAUCUAUUCAAAGACUUUUUUUUCUUUUUCUUGAAGUCUUGCUUUGGACCAUCUAUCUAUGUUAUUGCUUUCAUUUCUUCAGUUUACAACUGGAGUUUUUUUCUUCUUCUUCUUCUUCUUCUUGUUGACGAAAUGUUCAUUGGUAGCUAGCUACCUAUGAUCGAUGAUGGUGAGGAGGCAUUCCCAGUUUUGUAAUAUGAUUUUGUGUAAAUGUAAUAUGAAAAGAUCAGUAGUCAAGUGAAAAUAAAUGUCAUAUAAGUAGUCAACAUGCAUGCCCUAAGAAGAUAUACGUAUAUGUGUGCAUAUUACAUGAUAAGUGCAGAUAUAGCAAUAUAUGUAGAUAAUCUUAUUGACUGUGACUCUGUGAGAUCAGUUAGGUAACAUACAUAGCAAAUUCGAAAGGAAAGAAAAAAACAAGAAAUAAGUUUUUUUUGGUGGAUUUGUAAUUGCUAUUAUUGCAAUUGAUGCAUUGUACAAAUGAUUGGUUUCCGAUACAAAAUCUUUGCUUGUAAAAUCCUGCAAAACCUUGUCGUAUCAUCGUAUCAUGACAUGGUUAUAACGAUGAUAACGCCACCGAGUUUUGCAGGUUAAGAUUUUGUACCCUAUCCGCUCACUUAUAUAAUUGGACUGUAGUUUUAGGACUAAAAAAAGAAAAGUUUGCUUUUGAAAGUAAAACUAAUAUUUACUCUUCCUUUUUUUUUUUUUUAAUGCAACACUUGUGAAUAGUUUAUGUCUUCAUCUUCUUCAAUUCACCACAGAAGUGUCAAACAAAAUCUUAAUUUGAUUAAUUAAUCAUGAAAUUUAGGGGGGGAAAGAACCCAUUCCUUAACGAUAAUAACAACAACAAAUUGUCAAACACAGAGUUUGUUUUGGUAAGAGGAAUAAAAUUUAGGAUGAAGAAAAUUGCACAGACACACAAAUACAUAUACCAGAUCCAUAGAAGAAAGAGAUCAUUUAUUGUCUAAUCUAUAAAAAGGCAGUAGUGGCUGCCAUAGCUAGCACAAGCAACAUCACUUCCCCACACAUACACACCUCUCCCCAUUUUCCUCACAAACUCAAACCCUAACCAGCUACCUAACCCCUUCACCCAACUUCUUCUUUCGUUCUUUCUUCUUCUUCUUGAUCAUCACCACCAUGAACCUGGAGGAGAAAGUGACAAUGGACCUGAUCCCGCCUUCGGAGCAGCUCUGCUACGUCCGCUGCAACUUCUGCAACACUGUCCUAGCGGUUGGGAUACCGUACAAGAGGCUGCUGGACACGGUGACGGUGAAGUGCGGUCACUGCAGCAACCUCUCCUUCCUCAGCACCCGUCCUCCCCUCCAGGGCCAGUGCCUCAACGACCACUCCCACCUCCACCUCUCCCUCCAGGAUAAGGCCGGACCCGGAUCAGCCUUCUGCAGCACUGACUUCAACCUCAAGAAGGGACCGUCCUCCUCCUCUUCCUCCUCCUCCGCUGAGCCGCUCUCUCCCAAGGCUCCCUUCGUUGUCAAACCGCCGGAGAAGAAGCACCGCCUCCCCUCCGCUUACAAUCGAUUCAUGAGGGAGGAGAUUCAGCGGAUCAAGACUGCAAACCCAGAGAUACCGCACCGGGAGGCCUUUAGUGCUGCUGCCAAAAACUGGGCAAGGUACAUUCCAACUUCAACGGCUGCUGCCGGCUCAUCAGUCUCUGGGAGCACCACCACCACUGGCUUGCAUUUUGCAGGAAUGAGGUGAAGGGAGCGGGAUCGAUCGAUGAACUACUGUUGGACGUUGUAUCAGGAAAGUGAUUGACUAGCCUUGCUUAACCAUGGCUUAAUCAAUCUUCAAUUUCUGUGUGGAAGGAACAGCUAUAGCCAAGCUCCUACUUCUGCUGAGGCAUCGGAGAGUAACAGUAGUAUCAAUAUGUAUGUGCUGCUUUCUAGUUUUCGUUUUAGUUUCUUCGCUGCUUAUUGAUUAGAUUAAGAAUGUAAUGUUUUUCUUUUGAUGGGAACUCAAUGAAUGUUGUUAUCUUUCCUGGAACUAGCUAGCUACUCAUUAUGUUGCUCCACAUGCCAUGUUCUUUUUGUAUAUACAUAAUUGUUGUUAAAGGGUGUACUUCUCAACAUAAAAGGUAACAAGAUGG